AUUACACCUCUAAAACUUCCCAUUCGUUCUCUUUUCCUUUCCAGAUAAAUAAAGUAUACUAACAAGAUAGGAGGAAAUAUAUAGAGAACAUAAAAAAAAAACAUGGCAGCCACAUUGCCUUCGAACAUCAUGCCAUCCCCCUCGAGUCCCGAUUGGUUGAACAAAGCCGACAAUGCGUGGCAACUCGUCGCAGCAACACUCGUCGGCCUUCAAAGUGUUCCUGGACUCAUAAUCUUGUAUGGAGGAGCAGUGAAGAAAAAAUGGGCAGUGAACUCAGCGUUCAUGUGCUUGUAUGCAUUUGCAUGUGUCCUCUUCUGUUGGAUUGUAUGGGGUUAUAGAAUGUCCUUUGGUGAUAAGCUUGCACCAUUUUGGGGUAAAGCUGCGGUUGCACUUGAUGAAAAGUACCUUUUUGACCCUGCAUUUUCAGGGAUGUUCCCAAAUGCAACAAUGGUGUAUUUCCAGGGUGUGUUUGCAGCCAUAACAUUGAUUUUGAUAGCUGGUGCUUUGUUGGGAAGAAUGAACUUUUAUGCAUGGAUGGCUUUUGUGCCUCUUUGGCUCACUUUCUCAUACACCUUCACUGCAUUCAGUAUAUGGAGUCCAAAUGGGUUCUUGUUCAAGCUUGGGAUAAUUGAUUACUCUGGUGGAUAUGUUAUUCAUUUGUCUUCUGGUGUUGCUGGAUUCACUGCUGCUUAUUGGGUUGGACCACGUCUUAACAAGGAUAGAGAAAGGUUUCCUCCAAACAACAUCCUACUGAUGUUGGCUGGGGCUGGUUUACUCUGGAUGGGGUGGACCGGCUUCAAUGGCGGCGACCCCUACUCAGUAGGCCUGGAUUCCUCCCUGGCUGUGUUGAACACUCAUGCUUGCACUGCCACCAGCUUGCUCACUUGGGUCAUUCUUGAUGUCAUCUUCUUUCGCAAACCCUCCGUCAUUGGUGCUGUUCAAGGCAUGAUCACCGGCUUGGUCUGCAUUACCCCUGCCGCAGGAGUUGUGCAAGGAUGGGCAGCAAUUCUAAUGGGGAUGCUAUCAGGCUCAAUUCCAUGGUUCACAAUGAUGGUAGUUCACAAGAGAUCAAAGCUUCUCCAAAAGGUGGAUGACACAAUGGCAGUGUUGCACACUCAUGCCAUUGCAGGAACCCUUGGAGGAGUCCUUUCAGGCCUAUUUGCUGUGCCAAAGCUCAACUUCUUGUUCUAUGGUUCUUACAACAAAUAUGUUGGACUCUUCUAUGGCCUCAAAAUGGGAAUGAGCAAAACAGGGUUUAGACAAAUAUGGAUUCAGUUGGUUGGGAUUUUCUUUGUGGUCACAUUGAAUGUCAUUAGCACAAGCUUGAUAUGCCUCUUGAUUAGGAUGUUUAUUCCUCUGAGGAUGUCUGAGGAAGACAUGGAGAUUGGUGAUGAAGCUGCUCAUGGUGAAGAGGCUUAUGCUAUAUGGGGUCAAGGUGAUAAGCUUGAGAAUGCAAGCUCUAAGUAUGCAAGUUCAAUGUAUGAUGAUGUUGAAACAGCCACCAAUAAGAAAAAGCGUAGUGGCCAAGUUGAGAUGAUGUAGAGAGAGACAAUAGUUAGUAGUAUAUGGAAUAAAUAGAGCUAAAAAAAAGUACUAAUUCAUGUUCAUUGGAACUACUGUAAUUUCUGUCAAGUUAUAGAUUCUCUUUUCCUC